AUGGUUUGCCUUCGUAAAAUUAUGAAUAAAAUCGAAGAUAUAACAUGUAAUCAAUUUAUGCAAUCUUCUGAAAUCAUUGAAGAAUUUAAAAAUUGUGCCUUUCUUCUUGAAUUUCCAGUUAUUCCUGUACUGUUUGGUCAUGUACAAUUUUUAUAUGAUCCAAAAGAAAUUGACAAUAUUAAUAUAACAUUAGCUCUUAGACCUGAUUAUGUUUGUUACGAUGAACAAUUAUGUGAUUUUCUCACACCUACAUUUCGUCAUAAAAAUUUCGCUUGUCGAUACGCAAAUCAAACAGACCUUGACUUGAAUGUCGAAUUAACUACAUGGAAAUCUAUCCUUAAUACCUGUGCGGCCAUAGAAAGAACAAUGUCAGUCUUACAAGGAAUUAAUUUUAAUAAGAAAAGAAGUAAAUGUAUUGCACGAUGGAUAAAUUGCCUUUUACCAUUUAUAAUUUUGAGUUCAAUGAGUUAA